AUAACCAAAUAAAUAAAGCCUAGUUGUAUAUCGCCAACCUUAGUCAUUGCUUAACCUUCCCACCUACUUUACCUACGUGAAUAUUCGACCACAGAAACGGUGCGAUCUAGACUCAAGAAUUCGGUCAACUUGCCAAUUUGUCAAUUCCUUCAUCAUCCCUUACUCACAAGCCUUUAUACUUGAACUUGGCGGCCUCCAUCCCCGCAAUUGGCAUUCGCACGUCAAAACGAUAAUCGGCUUUAGGGAGAUUUCUUUACUGUCGCAAACGCUCCAACUCGGCACUUCCGGAACUUAAACAUCUUUCGUGCUUAGACAUCAACGAACAUCACCCAUCCUUCAAGAUGGGUAUCAAUAACCCUCUGCCGUCGUCUAUGGCGUCGGAGUGCAAAAAGUGUGGCAAGAUUCUCACCUCGUUUAUCGAUCCCCGCCAAGCGUUCGGUCCCGACAAAAUCAUUCCUCCGUCGGUUCUCGCAAACGCAAAAGGCCUUGCGAUUCUUACUGUCAUCAAAGCCGGCUUCCUCGGAUCUGCGCGUUUCGGUUCCGGUCUCGUCGUCGCUCGUUUAACCGAUGGUUCGUGGUCCGCACCGUCUGCUAUCUUUACAGCGGGAGGUGGGUUUGGAGGUCAAAUAGGUUUCGAAUUGACCGACUUCGUUUUCAUCCUUAACGACUCGCAUGCCGUCAGAACAUUCUCACAGCAAGGCUCUAUUACACUCGGCGGAAACGUCUCCAUAGCAGCGGGACCGGUCGGACGGAAUGCUGAAGCCGCGGGUGCCGCGUCCCUAAAGGGCGUGGCUGGCGUCUUCAGCUACAGCAAGACGAAGGGGCUGUUCGCCGGUGUGUCAUUAGAAGGCUCGGUAAUCGCAGAACGGAGGGAUGCGAACGAGAAGCUAUACGGCCAACGAUGGACGGCAGCAGAGCUACUUACAGGCUCUGUGCGACCACCUCCAGCAGCCGGAUCUUUAAUGUCUGUCCUGAACUCUAGAAUAUUUGCGGGCGUGCGUACAGGGACUGUAGAAGACAACAUGUACAACGACGUGCCGGUCUACGAUGACCAGCAUAAUGAUGUAGCAUGGAACAACCAGCGAGGAAGUGUCCAAAGUGAGCCUCAACAACAGCCUGCCGCCCAAAAUGAAUUCGGCGGACCAAGACGUGCGACUACGUGGCAGGAUGAUGUGUACGACCGGCCGGCCGCCAGUAACGUCGGUCGAUCGAACACGGUAGCAGGAUCUCAAGGAUAUGGUAACGAUUACUCAUAUCGCGAUCAUCGAGCCUCGGCUCCAGUUGGUGGCUACCAAGAGGAGAAGAAAAUAGGACCCGGCAGACCCGCGGCACCGAAGCCGAAUUUCGCGAGCAAGCAAGCGUUGAUGAAGAAAAAUGAAGCUGUUGCGUUAUUCAACUUCGAGGCGGACCAGCCAGGUGACUUAGGUUUCAAGAAAGGCGAUGUCAUCACGGUGUUGAAGAAGACAGAUAGCGACAACGAUUGGUGGACUGGUAUGGUCGGCUCAAGACACGGCAUAUUCCCUAGCAAUUAUGUAAAGAUGAAUGAAUAAAACAGCUGCCUUGCCUUGCUGACAACCUCGGGAUGAACUGGGACACGUACGGGCGUACGCGGAUCGUGGCGGAGGCGUAGGGGGCAAAGGAGGGAUGACAACAGUUACGAGAUUGAUUGUUUAGGAGAUACCUGAAACGCUCUUGAGAUAUUUAGACUCUUCUUCUCACGCAGGGACUACGAUUCGACUUGGUGUAUGAGGCGCUUUGUUGAUUGACGAUGACUUUGACACCGAUAUGUUUUUUUAUCUUUUUUUUUUAUGAUUGACAUAGGUAGUGGUGGCGGAUUACUCUGCACAGAUAGGUAGCAUCUGAAGCGACGAUUAAAAAUAGAAAAUUUCUAUUCGGUAA